AUGGCGUCGUCGCGUACACCUCUCCGUCCCGGAGUCUAUGCUCCCACCAUGACCUUCUUCAACCCCGACACUGAAGACCUCGAUGUCCCAACUAUCCGGCGCCAUGCCGUCCGCCUGGCCAAGGCCGGCCUGGUCGGUCUGGUUACCAUGGGCUCCAACGGUGAAGCCGUGCACCUGACCCGCGAAGAGCGCAAGACGGUCAUCCGCGAGACACGCUCCGCCCUGGUCGAGGCCGGGUUCGCCAACGUCCCUGUCAUCGCUGGCGCCAGCGAGAACAGCAUCCGCGGCACCAUCGAACUGUGCAAGGAAUGUGCCGAGGCCGGCGCCGAGUACGUUCUCAUUGUGCCCCCCAGCUACUACCGCUACGCCGUUGGCAACGAUGAGACGCUCUACGAGUACUUCACCGCCGUCGCGGACGGCUCCCCGCUCCCCAUCAUCCUGUACAACUAUCCCGGCGCCGUCGCCGGCAUCGACAUGGACUCCGACCUCAUCAUCCGCAUCUCGCAGCACCCCAACAUCGUCGGCACAAAGUUCACCUGCGCCAACACGGGCAAGCUCACCCGUGUCGCCGGCGCCCUCAACGCCAUCACUCCUCCUUCCCCGCUCGCCCCCGCAACAAAGAAGCCCUCCACCAAGCAGGUCGAAAACCACCCCUACAUUGCCUUUGGCGGUAUCGCCGACUUCACCCUGCAGACGCUGGUGUCUGGUGGCUCGGCGAUCCUGGCCGGCGGGGCUAACGUCAUCCCCCGUCUUUGUGUGCGGAUCUUCAACCUCUGGAGCGAGGGCCGGUUGACAGAGGCCAUGGAGGCGCAGCAGCUGCUCAGCAAGGCCGACUGGGUGCUCACCAAGGCGGCCAUCCCUGGCACCAAGAGUGCAAUCCAGAGCUACUAUGGCUACGGCGGGUACCCUCGGCGGCCAUUGGCCCGACUUAGCGAGGAGCAGGCGCAAGCGGUGGCGGAUAAGAUCAAGGAUGCCAUGGAGGUGGAGCGUUCAUUGCCUGACAUUGAAUAG